AUGCAGUGAGGAGACAGGGCACAGAGCCAGACAGCAGGGGAAACAGAGACAGGGCCCACCGAGAUCAAAGCUGUGAUCAUGAGGGACGGGGGCUGUGGAAAGACCUCCCUGCUCAUGGUCUUCGCCAAGGGUGAUUUCCCCAGGGUCUAUGUCCCCACUGUGUUUGAGAAGUACUCUGCCUCCUUCCAGAUUGAUGGCAAGCCGGUGCAAAUCAAUCUGUGGGACACAGCAGGGCAGGAAGAUUACGACAGGCUCCGUCCCCUCUCCUACACAGGAGCCCAUGUGAUUCUCGUGUGCUUCGAUGUCACCAGCCCCAACAGCUUUGACAACAUUCUCACAAAGUGGUACCCGGAGGUGAAUCACUUCUGCAAGGGUGUCCCCAUUGUGCUGGUGGGCUGCAAGACUGACCUGAGGAAGGACAAGGUCCUUCUGAGGUGGCUCCACGAGGACCAGCUGGAGCCCAUCACCUACCACAAGGCGGAGGCCAUGGCCCAGGAGGUACAUGCUGUCACCUACUUCGAGUGCUCAGCCAAGUACCAGGAGAACAUCACCAACAUCUUCACAGAGGCCUCCAGUGCCAUGCAGAAGAGCCAGCGCAAAUGGAAACUCAAGAGGAGCUGCCUGCUCUCCUAGCCAGCUCCACACUCCUCCUGGGGACGCCCCAAUGCCCUGCACCCAUCCCAGGGCCAGCACUUCCCUCCAGCAUCUCCAUGGGCAUUGGCUCCCACACAGCCAGGACCGAUGGCAGAUCUCGCCCUCCUUGCAGCAGGCAUCACCAGGAGGUGAAUGAUGCCACAGGAAGGUCGAGUGCCUCCCCCAUAGUCUGACAUGGCUCCUUCUCCACUCUGGUCUCAUUCCAGCUGGUUCCAGCUCGCAGGAUUCACUCCCUCAGCUCUGUAACAGAACAUAAGUACAUGUCCAAUAGCCUAACUCCUCCGAGCUUCACCUUGCUCCAUUUGGCAGCUACCAGCCCACAUGGCUUCUAAUAGCACAGCUCAGCUCAGCACUGCUCCCAUCACCGUAACCAGGCUUGGCUUGGUGGGGCUCCCGCACAAACUCCCAGCACUGAUCCACAGGGGCCCCAUUCAUGACCAGUUCCCCAAAUCCAUCCACAAGACUCCACAGCCACAAGUCUCUGCAGUGAAUAAGCCCAAGGAGGGACUGUGGUGUUGUCUUUGUUGUAUGUUUGUACAGCACCUCACAAAGUGAGGU